GAACAUUUGAUGGCAGAUAACCCUAUUGCUGCCUCUUUUGCAACCGCUUCGAGGCUUAUGGAAGGCACGCAAAGACUGCUUUUCCACCAGCUUCAAGCCCGCAAAGAAGGAACGAAUGCUUUUGCCGAUUAUGUUAUCGUGGUUAAGACGAAGCAAAAUGCUGUAGAAGACAAAGACCAGUCAAGCCAGCGUCUUCGAGAUACUUGCCUGCGAAUAAUGACCCAACUAAGUGGAGCUGGGCUGAAGUUUGAAGUACGACGGGGUUCGAAAGAGUUUAUCUUUUUUUUCGUUCUUUGUUCAACUGAGCGGCUGAGGCUAGAAGUACGUAGAGCCAGAUUGGCUGAUUGGUUAACUGGUGUCCGUAUCCGCGAUGUUGACGACGAUUCUGCUGAUGGGAAUGAUUCUCAAUUAACGGAAGCUGAGCGUCUUCGAUUGGUGUAUGAUAUAAUUACAAAUCCUCCCUCAGAAGGGGGAGCGGAUAUAAAACCAGGCUCCGAUAAGUUCGAACUGGUAGAAUCACUACUUCCUCUUCAUGACAGGGUGUACAACGAUGACUGGAUUAAAAGUUGGUCAACAAAAUGGAUUAUAAAUAAAAAUGAUCUGAUGAGUUUGCGAAAUCAUUUCGGAGAAAAAUAUUAUGCUCUUUGGUUAAUUGCUCCGUCAAUCGCCGGUUUUUUCACUUACUGGUUCCUGGGAAACUAUUCAAUAUUAUUCUCUAUUUUUAUGGUCACAUGGUCGCUCAUAUUCACAGAGUUCUGGAAACGCAAAGAAAAGGAACUAUCCAUUUUAUGGGGGACUCGCAAUUUUUCUCGGUUCGAGAAGCGACGGCCCAGUUUUCGUGAAGAGAAAUACGUAAAGAAUCCCAUAACUGGCGAGCUACAACCGUACUUUCCACCAUGGAAACGAUGGCUUAGACGCGCAAUAGCAGCUCCUGUAAUCAUUGCAUUUAGUUUUACUUUGGCUACAGCUCUUAUCUUCUAUAUCCUUCUUGAAGUUAUCGUGUCCGAAUAUUACACUGGGCCUUUCCGAGAGCAAGUUAUUUAUCUACCAACUGUUAUAUAUUGCAUUUUAGUUCCAGGAAUUAAUAUAGUAUACAAUCGGAUUGUACGCCAACUUAACGAGUAUGAAAAUCACGAGACCGAAUCUUACCAUGAAUACAAUUUAUCACAAAAGAUAUUUAUCGCCAAUUUCCUAAUUGGUUAUCUUUCUCUGUUCUUUAUUGGAUGGGUCUAUCUUCCCUUUAACAAGGAAAUUGGAGAGUUCUUCCAUGAUCUGGCUGAGAUACUGGGUUUGUCAAUAACUGUAAAGCCAGUAGGAUCAGAGCGGUUGAAGAACGAAUUGAAGUAUUUCAUUAUUACUGCGCAAGUUAUUAACUUUGUUACAGAAGUUGUCCUACCAUAUGCUUUAAGAUAUGGUGAACACUGCGUUCAAAAGGCGAAAAACCUUAGCAACACUUCAUCAGAUAACAAUGGAGGGAAUGAGGAUGAAGCCGGAUUUCUCAAAAGAGUUAAGAAAGAAGUAGAUCUACCAGUUUAUGACAUUUAUGAAGACUACGCUGAAAUGGUUCUUCAGUAUGGCUAUGUUAGUUUAUUUGCUGUAGUAUGGCCGUUGGCGCCGGUCUGUGCCUUGGUUAACAAUUGGAUCGAACUUCGAUCGGAUGCAAUUAAAAUUUGCGCCCAUACUAGACGGCCUAUACCAGCAAGAACGGAUAGCAUUGGCCCUUGGUUGGAUAGUUUGACAAUAAUUACAUGGCUGUCAACUAUCACCAACCCAUCAUUCGUGUAUUUAUAUCAUCCGAGUUCAAAUGCCUUUGUUUCUCCGUCAGCCAUGCUAGUGACUGUUACAUUGAUCUGGUUCGCAGAACACAUUCUCAAUGUAUUACGAUAUGCUUUACAACAAAUGCUAAAUGCUUUUCCCAGCUGGGCUGAUGAGUUGGUUCAGAAAGAAGAAUAUGAAUUAAAGAAGCGCUGGACGGAGAGGGUUGGAAUUGCUCCAGUUUUAUCACUAGAAAACGAAAAUUAUAAUGAGGCGUUAAAUAAGGAGAAAGGUGAGUUGCUUCGGUACGAAACAACUCACACAGACCACCAAGAGAUCUUGAAAGAGAUACUCGAGCAUUUAAAAAUGGAAUAG